UGAGAAACUUUAUUACUGAGAAAAUGGCGAUAGAAUUCAAACAGUUCGGAUGCGUAGCGGAUAAUUUCAGUGAAUUAAUUAAAGUGGAAAAGUGAACCAAAUUGCAUUACGAACGUUUUAAGGCAUAGCUAAAGUGUUUAAAUUUUGAAUUUAUUUCAAAAAGCGAUGAAUAUUCAGAUAAGUACAGAAAAUUUAUCUGAGAAAGUUACACAGCUGCAGAAAGCUUGCGAUGAAUCAGUGCUCGGAAUAAAAAGUGGUGUUGACAACAAUGCAUCAGAAAGGUGUCAAAAACAAUUGCUGCAACCGUUGCAACAGCAAGGCCAGAAAUCACAGCAACCUUUAUCUUCUGGUCCACAACAAGGGCAAGUCCAAUUACUGCAGCAGCAACAGCAGCAAUCAAAGACUAAGCGCAAGCAUCGUCGUGGAAAACCGAAAUCUAAAAAUGGCAAUAAGCCCUACAAAAAGACCAACUGGAAAUUCCAAAUGCCACGACUGAACUAUAUUAAUGGUGGUGCUAAUGGGGGUGGUGGCAUCAUCAGAGGUCACGGGUGUGGAAAUAGUGGUGCUCCUCGCUCGGGUAACAAAAUACCCCGCUCGCGUUCGUUGGUACCGUACAAUACAAACAAAUUUCUAAUGGAAGAACAUUUAGCUGAUAUACCGAGUGCUGUUUUAACACCUACCGGACGCACUCGAGACUCUAGCUUUUCAAUGGAUUCUGAAGAUAAUUAUUUCUUUUCGUUGCCAGAAGAUGAAGAAGAAUUCCUAACUAAAGAGUUUGCAAACGUGUAUGAAAAGGCUAGAGUCGAACGCUUAGAAAGUCUUAGCAAACAAGAAUUGAUUGAUGAAUGUUUGCAAUUCGAGGACCGCUAUUCCAAGAUACAGGGUACACAACGUCAGCAGCAAUUGAACAUGCAACGCAUUGCAACAGAAUAUAUGUCUAAAAUACGUAUGCUGGAGGAGAAAAUUAAAGAAUUGUCGAGAGAAAACCAUAAUUUACGUUGUCAACUAAUGCGGUCAACAACGACUGCUGCUGCAGCUUCACCCCCUUCGGCUGCGGCUCCUGCUGGCUCGGCUUGCCAACCAAUGGAUUCAAAUAGCGAGGACAGCGAAAGCGAUAGUUCUACCUCAAGCUCAUCAUCAUCAUCAUCAUCAUCAAACAAUAGUGCUGAAAAUCCUCGGCGACGACACAGUUUUUCUUCUUCACCCGACUCUCCACAAGAGUUUCAAGAGUACAUUGAGAAUAAUUAUAUGAAAGAACAAGAGCAAGUAAACGAACAAAUUCUCAACAUGAACGAGCAGCUUAUCCAUGAUAAUGCUGCUAAUUACAAACGUGGUCAUGUGAUGGCGUUUGAACGACAACACAUCCUACUUGAAGCUGAUGUGGAAGAUGAUUAUGACGACAUACCGGAACGCUUCCGUUCUGCACCGAAUUCACCUUCCCAAGAGCAAUACCGAAUGCACGAACAGACCCACGAUUGCGGUGAAAUUAAUAUUGUUGAAGGUUUGCCAAAAUCGACAAUGCCAUAAUCUCUUACAUGCAUAGGUACUCGUAUUUCAUUGUCAAUAUAUAACGUUUUUUCUCUUCGAUUUUUAAUUUGUUGAGCAGAAACAGAAAACAGAAAAGUAAAACUAACUUUUUUCGUUUGUUAGGAGAGAAAUAAUCGAUUCCUCCCUUUAUAUUUUUUAUUCAUUGUUUUACACAACUUUUAUAACAUUUUCGAAUUUUUUUUUUCAAAAUUUUUAUUUACAAAAUUAAGGUAAAUACUUACCUGUUCGUUUAACUAAAAAGAAACUGAUAAAUAUUUAAUUUUUUUUUUUUUUUAUAUUUUCCUUGCAAUCGUAUACAAUAGUUCUGUCCUUCAUGUAAUUAAGGAAUAUUGUUAUAAUUUAUUUUAAUCUGUGCUACGCGUAUAACAUUUGAAGAAAACCUGAAAGACAAUUGGAUUGUAUAUAUAAAACCGAUACAUUAAUGGACACACUUUAAAAAAAAAAUAAAAAAAAAUUGCUGAUAGAGACAUCAACUAUCGUUAAGAAGUACUUCACUAGAUACGGUAGUCAGUGCUAUAAAUAUAUUUAAUAUGCACAAAUAUUAAAUCGUAAGAUUCAAUUUAAGGAUUUAUAUCGAUUAUGAUAAACCUUGGUACCCAGUACGAGCUGACUUUUGUCCUCUGUCUCGUGGACUUAACAUAUUCUAAGUAAAUAUUAAACUAGCGCCACUCCAGCGCGUAUAUAUUAAUCUACGCCUGUGAAGGGUAGAUUAAGAUAAGGCGGCUAGCGAGAAUGAAAGAUAAUGCUAACUUCAUUUGUGCAUUUCGUGCAUAUUUCUUAUAUUUCCCGAAACAAUUCUAUAUGAAAGCCAUGUAUGUAUAUAUUGAGUAUAUAUGAUAAAUACAUAAUCGUACACAUAUAUAUGCAAUCGCUGAAGGCGUAUUUAGAUGCAUCUAUAUAUUUAAAAUAUUUUUUAACGAAUUUGUGUUCGUAAUGUUUUUUUUUUUACCUAAUCUAUUUUUCGUG